CUAGAGUUCCUCCAGGCUCAAAGCUAAACGGUGCCACUCUCUGAAAAGAUUAUAAAGGCUUUUUCAACCCUUUUCCACUAGCUAUAUGCCUCAGAAGAUGGAUUUCUUUCUUCAAUCAGAGAACCAGAAAAGCCCACCCAAGCGCAACAAGAAGCGGCUAUCCCAGGACCAGGUGAGGCUCCUGGAGACAAGCUUCAGCAACGAGAAGAAGCUGGAGCCAGAGCGGAAGAUCCAGCUUGCGCGUGAUCUGGGUCUGCAUCCGAGGCAGGUGGCAAUCUGGUACCAGAACAAAAGGGCGCGUUGGAAGACCCAGAGCCUUGAGCUUGACUACAAGGCUCUCCAGCUAAAGCUGGAAAGCGCCUUGGCAGAUAAGAGGCGGCUUGAGAAGGAGAUGCUGAGGCUCAGACAAGAGUUAGACAAGGCUCAGGAGAUGCUAAUGGUCUCAAAUUCUACUCCCCCUACUGCUCUCUCUUCAAUCUCCACUUCUUGUGACGAGGAUGGGUCAUCCGGCUUGCCUCGUAGCUCUUACUGGGAGAACUCUGGAGUAAUUCAAGCUGAAGAGCUCUACGCUUUCUUGAUGGGGGCUGAUGCUCAGGCUUCCAAAUUCAAAUGGUCAUGAUCUCUUUGCUCCAUUAAUAUUGAAAUCUAGACGUACAACAGAGAUUGUGACUGUAUAUAUAUAUAUAUAUAUAAAGAGACGACUGGUACCAAUAUAAGCUUUAAUUUGCUAUUAUGAUUGGAAAAAGGAGAGUUAUUAAAUCGUUUUCUGGCCGUUUAUAUA